AUUAACUUGACAAUAAUGUGGACACAAAAACUGCGAAAUCAAGGAGAAGGACAGCGCCCAGAAUAACAGUAAACCUCUGCAAACUGCGGAGCAUCGUGUUGGAAAUGGAACUGCGGGCUCACAUUCUGCUCUGUCAGACUUUAAAAAGAAGGAUAUGUCCUUCAAUCUGUUAAAGCCACACCCACAACUCUCCAAACAUGCUACAGCAGUGACGGCCUUUCUCCGCUCAGCAGCACUGUAUGAUCCACAAGAAAAGUGCCUCGUAAGGGAAGCAGGAUGUUUACAGGCUCCACCAAACUGCCACCCGCUAAAGCCCCUCAGCCCGAGAGGCUGGGUGAAGUGUACGCCGCCUUACGCAGAGGCUUACAAUCGUACCUGCAGGUCCACCAGCUGGAGCUGGACAGUCUGGGGCAGCAGAUCAGAGAAAAUAAGAGGAACGGUCGCUUGGGAUCUUUGUAUGAGCAGGAUAAGCAAGUGAAAGCCAUAGAGAGGUUCAUGCGUCGCUUGGAAUUCCACCUGAGCAAGGUGGAGGAGUUGUAUGAUGCCUACUGUAUCCAACGGCGGCUGCGUGAUGGGGCAAGUAAGAUGGUGGCGGCUUUUAACUCGGGUACAGGCAGCAGGGAGGCCAGAGAGAGUCUGAGUGAAGCCAACAAGGGCUACAGGGAAUGUACAGAGCACAUGUGCUCCCUGGAGACCGAGUUGGAAAGUCAGAUGGGAGAAUUUCAUGUCAAGAUGAAAGGCCUUGCUGGCUUUGCACGGUUGUGUGCUGGUGACCAGUAUGAGGUCCUGAUGCGCUACGGGCGCCAACGCUGGCGGCUGCGCGGCCGUGUGGAAGUUAGCAACAAGCAGAUGUGGGACAGUGAGGAAUACACUUUCCUGCCUCUCGUCACAGAGCUCCUGUCGAUCAAGGUGACGGAGCUGAAGAGCCUGGCCAAUCACGUGGUGGUGGGCAGCGUGUCGUGUGAAAUGCUAGACCUGUUCUGCCCACUUCCUCAGACCCUCGCUGUGGAUAUCAAUGACCUUGGAACAGUGAAGUUGAACCUGGAGGUCACCUGGAGUCCGUUUGACAAGGAUGACCAGACCUCAUCUGCCAGCACAGUUUCCAAACGACUGCUGUCCAAUCAGAGCCCCCCUGACACACCCUCUAUGCGGGAGCAGGUGUUCUAUUCUCUGCUGAAGCGGCAGGGAGAGCUGGAGAAUGGGACCGUGUGGUCCAACUCCUCGGAGUCCUCCGAUGACUCCUCCAGUCCAGCUUUAGCUCACCAGAGGCUGACAGCCACCAACAUGCCGCAGUCCACUCUCACUUCUCAGUUAGCGUUCACCCCCCAUAAGUCCAGCACAUCGACGCCAUCGCUCUCGUCUAAUCAAGAGGAGGACGAGCAGGAGGUCAGUGAGGGUUUCUGUGAGGGAGACAGGGUUCCGAACGGCCACCUGCAGAGUUCCUGCUCUUACAGCUGCACUGAGAGCUGCACAGACUGUACUGCACCUGAGAUGUCGGCUGUCCAGUCAGCGGACCUCAGUUGCUCCCUCCCCGAUGUUUCCUCUCACUCGUCUGCGUCAUCAGUGGAGAGGCCACAGGUGCUGGAUUUGCCUGAGAGUGGCAUCACACGGGUGUGUAUUUCAGUGCAAGAGGGAUAUGAUGAUCAGUCUGAGGGUUCUACUGGAGAAGGGCCAGAAGACGACACUGACCAGGUGGAAGCCCCAGAAGUACAGAGUCAGCCGGAGCAGACUACCCAAGACCUACAGCAGCCAGAUAAUUUUCUAGUGGUUCCUUUUCCGACUUCCGCCAGUUUCAGUCAGGAAGUGGAGACGGCUCUCGAAAGUUUUGACUUCCUCAAUUGUUCUGAUCUGGAUGAAGAGGAGGAGGAGGAAGCUGAGCAACUGGUGACAGAGCAACAUAAAAAGGACCAAAAUAAAACAGAGGAAGAAAUUGUAGAUGAGGAGGAAAAGAGCGAGGAGAACAUCUACUGUAGAUCAAGCAGUGAUGAAGAUGAAGCUGAUGCAGAAGGCCUGGAGAUCCUCAUGGAAGCACCAGAAGGAUUUAGGAACUCGGAUGAAGACUGUUACUCUGAAUCACAGGGCUCAAGUGUGGUGGAUGCGCAGGAUUUGGGUCAGGUGGAAAUUCCAGAUGAGGAGAAACGGGCAGAUGAACAACGUGGAGAUGAGACAUCUGAUCAGGAAGAGCGCCCAUCUACUCCCAACCAGAUGGCCACUACUGUCUCCUGAGGACACGGUGGAACCGUGACCAAACUGUUUCCCCGCUCUUAUCUGUUCAUGUCAUCACCUGCUUUCGAUGUGGGAUUGGAGGCCUUGACAAACAAGCUCUUCCACCAGCGUGGAGUUUGUGCACUUUUGCCUUCUUCUGACCAACAAAGUUAAAUCGUUGGUUAUUUACAGUAACCCCAAGGUAGCCAACGUUCUUUUUCCUUCUGCACAUGCUGCCUGUGUUUAAAAGUGGGAUACCACUGAGUUUACACUUUCACAAAUUCCUCCUGCAUACAUUUAAAAAAAAAUAAAAAAUUCUAAUGAUGCCUUCAUUUUAGGAACGGCUGAAUGUGGCCAUGUUUUGGCUUUGCAACUGUUCUGUAAUCGAAUGAUUUCCAUCAGAGAAGCAUAAAAGUCGAUCAGUGAGGUCAAAGCAUGAAAACAGCAGAAGCUGGAGCCGGGAGGCUUUGAAACCAGUCAGUAUUUUUGGACACAGUUCUUACAGCAGAGAUCUGAGGUUGUGAUUUACAGUGUUACGUGAACGUGUGGCCCACCGCGCUGACACUGCUCGCGGCAGAAGAAAGACUUCAGAAGCAUGUGAUGUUUGAAGAGUAAGUGAGCUGCAGAUAAACAAGGAGUGCACUCUGAAAAACAAACUGUUUAUAUGCAAAAAAAAAAAAAUCCACACUGAGUGCAGACGUAACAUCCUGCCUUUACAGCAACACGAGGAACGUUAGUAAUAACAUUUAAAAGCAUUUGGACUAAUCAAGAGAUUUUAUUUCAACAACUGCUCUGUCAUUUUUGCCAACACAAAAACAAUUUGCAGUGUAAAAAUAUUUAAACCUGCAUGUGUAUCUGCGUCACACUGCCAGCAUGUUUGUAAUUAAAAAGAAAAACCUAGCUCAUCCGAUUGAGCUCAGUGAGCACCAACCUAACCAAGCCUGUUUGCAGUGGUGUACAGAGGCUCCUUUAGGGGGCGCCACAGUCCUUCAGUGUCCUGCUUUACAUUGUUCUACUAAAGCCUCGUCAUUCAGAAAGUGCCUCAGGUGACAGAUGUAAAGUUUUCAAUAAGUGAAUGCCACAACAGAUGUGAUCGGGCAAAGAUAAGUGUUUAUUUUCUGAAUUAGAGUGCACAAUAAGAGAUAUUUACUGUUUCAUAUAAAGAAUUGCAUAUGUUCUGAAAUGUUCAAAUGUUUAUGUUGACAAAUGUUAAAAGCUUUGUAAAAGUU